CUCCACACUUCCCACAAACGGAUCCAAGAUCCGAGCUAACUUAAAGGCUUGAGAGACCAUGCCAGACCACAACCGGAAGCGGCCUACUGGUUUCUUCUCGCAGCAAGGGACCUCAGGGUCUUCAUCGUAUAAAGGACUUCCACCACCUCCACCCCCUCCGAUACCAGGAACAUUCCAUUCAGAGCAAUCUUACUUUUAUAACUACAACAACGUUCCUCAGCUAAACGGUUUGAACCAUCUGCCUUCUAAGAACCUAUCCGACUUACAUUCCCACUAUCAAGAUCAUAGGAGUCCAAACCCCGCGUUUCAUUCUCUAGAGCAUCAUUCUCAGUCAACUAUUCAUCGGAAACGUCCACGGGAUGAUACAGAGAAACCGCAAUGGAAAUGUAGCCCAUGCAAACUUAUUCUUGAGUCCGAGGGUGCUCUUCAGGCGCACAAAGAGAGCCACAUAUCUUGCACUGCUUGUAAUUUCGAAGGAGCUCCGAAGGUGGUGAAAGGCCAUUUUCAAGCUUGCCACGGUAAGUUCUCUGGCGCUGGUUUCAAGCAAGUAACCAUAGCUGUUCCUGGGUGCCCCAUUCAGAGAUUUAAAAUAUGCGUUGGCAAUCGCCCAGAAGAUGUACAGCGCUGGAUCGCAGAGAGGAAAAAACGAUUUCCACGCCGGCUACCAUGCCCUGCUGAAGAUGUAUUUGACUCCAGAGAAUUGGCACAGUCAACAUCAAUGAAAGGCGGCUUAGGUUCCCUAUUGGAAGGUUACGGAUCGUCAUCCUCAGAAGAAGGCGCAGUCGACGAAAGUCCUCCGGGCGCAGCAAAUGCCGUUCAAUCGGAGACUGUGGAAGGCGAAAUUGUUGAGAACGAGUCUGCGAAGCUCGAGUUGCGGCACGCAGGCAAUGAGCUGUGGGAUCUGAGAAAGCAGCGACCUUGCCAUCAUUUUCAGCGAAAUGGUCGAUGUAGAAAUGGAAGGCAGUGUCCAUAUAGCCACGAUGUUGCCGUUAGAGGUCGGUCUCUAAAAAAAUCAAAGGAAUCCAAGAAUUUACUGGAAAAGCUUCUUACCAACGAUGUCAAGAGAGAGGCGACACUUACCUUGCAAAUUCUGGAAUACCUAGUCGAUACAAGUUUUCUCUCGAAGCCUGACCGAAAAAACGUUAGUUAG